UGGUCCGCGAAGUCGUCAUACUUCUCAUGAAAGUAAAAGCAUGAUAGAAUUUCUUCAAGAAUAUAAUCUUGCAAAACUGUCCAAAAAUGAUGAGCAAACCUUACACUAUUUAGUCAACAAAUGCCCGCUAGCGGAUUUUACUGCUGAGUCCAUUAAAGAUCAUGAAUUAGAUGACUGA